AUGACUUACCAAUCAAUGACAACCGCAUGGUGUGUUGCCAUCCUGCUCCUUGCCGUGACAGGCGCAAACGGCCUGUACGUGCUGGAGCUGGUGCAAGUGGCUCAUCGCCACGGUGUGAGUCCGCCUCCGGUGGCCACACCCAACCGUGAGAAGAUGUGCAGCCCCAACGGCGCAAGCAGCUGCACCGCCAUCGCAAAGAGAGGCGUGGAGCAGAUGACGGCCAUGGGGGCCCACAUUCGGCAGCUGUACAGCGGGGACGCGGCCACUUUUGGUAGCGCCACGUGGUUCCAGCCGCCCUACGACGUUUCAGCCGUGUCCACCCGUUCCAUUGCGGACCCCGCCACGGUCCAGGCGGCGGCGGCGCUGCUGGGUGGGAUUUACGCCAGUGAGAGCGCCACUAUCGUCCCGACGAUCAUCUCGACCGCACCCGAGCGUGACGCUCUGCUCAACGUGGAGGCAUUCCCGUCGUCCACCAUCACAAGGAUGAUCAACGCGAAAGCGUUCAAUGCGGCACUGGAGGCGGUUGUGGACGAGCAGUUCCCCGACGCCAGUGUCGUGGAAGCCAUGGGCGCGGAGGUCGGCCUGGAUGCUGCACUCUGUUCGGCGCCCGCCACGAGGGUGUUGUGCUGUCAGCGGCUGCAGAAGCUGGCGGUGAUGUAUGCUGCGGUGGGAGCCACCGACGGCGCUCCCACUGUGAUGGCGAACAAGGCCAAGCUGGAUGCUGUUGCCGCCGCGUACUUCCACGUCUCGCAGGGCUACAACGCCAGCGUACCCCAGGAUGUGGCGCGCGGCAGCCUUGGACUGCCGCUUGCGCGAGAGCUGCUUCGCAACAUGCGCGCGAAGAUGCUACCUGAGGGUGACGCCAACCGCAACACGAAGAUGAUGAUGCAGUACGCCCACCGGGUUCCCAUCCAAACGGCGCUUGGGCACGAUCCGAGCGACGCGACGCCACUGGGCGAGACGU